CUCGAGUUGGUGUCCAGUGACAUCAUUAAUCUCAGUGAAGAUGUCCAGGACGCCUGUCCCAAUAAUUCAGAUAUGUUGGAUCUUGAUGACGUCCUGAUGCUCCUGAUUGUUGCUGUCAUCAUCAUCGCCGUCAUUUUCAUCGGUCUCGUCGUGUUCUGCUGCGUGUGCCCCUGCUGCUGCCUCUAUCAGAUGUGCCGGAAGCCUCGCCCGGCGGUGAUUUCUAAUACUCACACAGUGGUGGUGGUCAACAACCCAGUCCCGUCCCAGGCACCGCACCAUGCUCCUGUCCCUGCCCAGCAGUACCCAGGGUACCAACCCGUGCCUAUGCAGCACUGGCCUGGAGCUCCUGCCGGGAACGGGGGGCACCCUGUGCCAUCUGCACCCAUGCUGGAGGACCUCUAUGGCCCUGGACCCCCGCCCCCCUACUCGGAGAGUGCUGUCACACCUGUACACCACGACCAGAAAGCUUUCACACAAGGUCCACCAUCUUACUGCUAAAUACUCACCCUUCUGUCAAGACACUGGUGGACACCCACCAACACCGAGGGCUCUUACUGCAAAAUAGUUCCAAGAUGGUUACUCAGUUUUCAGUUACAAAGUGUACUUCAGUUCGGAUUGGAGUGUAUUUUCGAAGAUAAUGGUCAUAUUGGUCAUAUUGGUCUUAUUGUUCAGAAUCACUUAUGAUUCAGUAAUGACUGUAUGGAAUUACAGAUGAACUGGUCACUGUUUGAAGCAAUUAUGUGAUGUUUUGCUAUAUCAUAGCACUUAACAACCAGCAGCGAGGGGGGAAGAGGAACACUUAUGAUGAGCAUAAAUUUUUAUUAAUGUGAAAAUGUUUGUGGGUUUGGCUAAUCCAGCUCUAUCCUGAAACGAUUGAAUACUUUUUCAUGUGGAAUGUAAUUUCUCAGUAAUGUGUUCGAAAAUGUGUGGGUUGAUCUGUGGAAAAUGUGUAUGUUUUUAAAUCGUUGUAUUGCUUUAUGGUGUUCUGGGCUGUGAAGAUUGUUGCUUGUCAAUGUUAUUUGUUUGAAUUCCCUUUACAUUCUGUGCCUCCUUAUCUUAUGUGUUAUUUAUGAAGAAUUUGGUUCCAAAACAGUAUAUCCUCCAUUUUAAUGAAUUUUCAAAACUUUUUUAUUAUUAUUAUUAUGACUUUGUUUUCCAAGUAUGUGGAACUAUUGGGUUGUUGUUAUUUGAGUUAUCUUUACUCAAUCAAAAUAGCACAACUGCAAUUUUAUUGAUAUUCUCCGAAAUACACAAUGAAAUAACAUUAUCCAUUAUUAUAUUCCUAAAAAUGGAGAUGUUGCAUCUUGGAGCCAAACUCUAAAUUGAAUCACCCUUUAAUUCUAUGCAUCUUUAAGUGCCCAAAGGAAUGUGCAUUUAGACCCAGACUCCUGCAGGGGUGUGGGUUACGUGAUGUUUGUGGUGUUGUGAGCACCAGAGGAAUAAAAAAAAAUAUGUGUAUCCAAGUCUCUCUCGCUGUUGCCAAUAAAAUCUGUGAUCUGGAAGUGAAA